AUGAACGCGUGGAUUUGCUUGCAGGGUUUCAGCGCUUUCGGCUUCAUGCAUCUUUGCAGUAAUUUGCUGCAAUGGCGCGCAAUUGAAAUGGGCUGUGAAAGCGACGGUGUUUUCAUGUCCUCUGUUUUAGUUCCAUUGCAACUUUCUGGCACCAACAACAAAAUGAGGAAAACGACUAGCGGUUGCUCCUGGAUAUUGAUAUUGAGCUUUUCUGAAAUUUUGUUUCGUCUCAUAAAAAUUCAAAACAAAAGCACAGUUACGAAAUCAAUCCAACUAAUUUACCGAACCCUUUCUAACUUUGAGAAACGCAACAGACCCCAAUCCCGUGUCAAGCUUCCCAUUCGACAAAGGCAUCCGCUUUUUCCAGCAGCCCAGGCUCCUGAAAAUAGCAGCCCCACAAAACUCAUCCCUCAUACAAGCUUCCCUGCACUCACCCACCGUGCUCGGAACUAUCUGUUCAUAGUCGUUUUUCGGCCAGUCCACAUCCGGAAUCUCCACCAGCUCGUAAUCAUCAUCAGUACAACUAUUCCCCGAAAAUUCCUGCUUGCAACCUCCACAACGGUUAUUCGGGUCGACUAA